AUGACCUCAGGUUCUUAUUUUGCCCAGUUCACUGGUAAAGUUAAUCCUGUGAAAUGAAGUGUCAAGUGAGCUAGACAGCUAGCGUUAGCUUAUAGUAAGUUGUUUGUGACUGGUCUAACAAGUGUAAGAUCAAACAACUAAGGUUAUCUCGCAUAUCUCAAUUGGGUAAGGCAGUCUUUGCCGAAAUGAACACUUAACUGUUAAUAUCGGUGUGUAUCAUGUUAAUCUUAAUGUCACACUUCAAUUUGGAAGUGGCUAAUAUUCGAAGUUGUAAGUAAGCUUCCAGGUAGAUAGUGAUAUGUCUAGUAGUAAUCGAAUAAGGUCGUGGUGGUGAUAGUGCUUUCCUCCACAUUACAGUGACUGCAAUAACUUUAUCUGUCACUUUGUCUAAGUUACUGACUAUGUAGCAGGCAGUGUCCAGUGAGGAGCUAGCUAUGUAGCUGUCUGUCUGUUUAGUCUCAUUAGGAUGCACCGUAUAGUAAACGACGUGUUUUGCUCCCCUUGGCAUGAGGGAGUGGAAAAACACUAAAUGUUAAGACACACUUGUAGACAGUUUCUGAAAGUGUAUCAAUGUUUUGUGUGUCAGGACGGUUGUCUGAUUAAUAGCAAUGUGUAGGUUACUGAAAUACUGCUUUAGCCACUGCCUGUACGCAACCAUGACGAAGUUUAAGGAAGUUGUGAAAGAUGUUAAUAGGUGGACGUCUGUCCGUUUUCUGGGCUACCUGUCAAAUCUCUGUUUGUUUGUGGCUGUGUGCCUUGGUCUGUACGUCAUGUGGGAGAAGACGGUAAACUCCAUCAUUCUGGUCAUUCUGAUUUUGGGACUCUUUGCACUUGGCAUUGCCAGUAUUUUUUAUUACUAUUUCAGUAUGGAGACUGUUAGCCUUUGCCUUAUCCAUGCCUGGUUUGGAUUCCUCCUGGGCCUCCUGUCUAUUCACUAUAACCCAAGCUUUGAUGUGGAGGAGCAAGUCACUGAUUACUUACUCUUGAGUAGCACUGUGUUGUAUAUCCUAUGGGCGCUCCUAGAAAGGGUCUGUGGCAUCUCCAAGCCCAAGCCCAUGUUCCUCACAUCUUACGAAGUCCUGGAGCUGAUCGGCUUCUCUCUGGCCAGCACCUUUUGGCUCCCUGACAAGUCAGCAGGCAUCUCGUUCCUCUCGUCAGCAUUUGGAGUGCUGGUUAUGGCCCUCCGCACGAAGUCCUACCUGGCUCUCCCCAACGCAGUCUGUUUUGCAGGCCUCUCCAUGCAUGUGUUUUUCCUAUCGGGCCUCGUGGACACCAGCCCAUUCGCUUUGAGCUGCUUCUUCGUGCGGCUGAUUAGUCAGCCGCUGCUGGACGUCUACUUCAGCGGGCUGUCCGCCGUGGAGCGCUGGCAGCCCCUGUUGCUCCAGGCCGGGCUGUGGAGACGGCUCACCCUGCUGCCGCUGAUCGCGGUGGAGGGGGCCUUCCUGGUGCUGGCCGGCCUGAAGCUGGCUCCCCUGGAGGUGUGGAACCUGCUCCUCCCGGCUGCCGCCUUCACCGUCUUCGGGAUCUUCUGGCUCAUCUGUCACGUGGUGCUGGUCUUCACCCUCUGUGCGUUCCAGAGCAAGUUGAGCGACUGCCAGCGGGUGCUGUCGGGCAGCGCCAGGUCUGACGUGGGCAGCCUAGGACGGGUCAUGACCUCCAAGGGGAUGCGGCACUUUUGCCUCAUCUCGCAGCGCCUGGCCUUCUUCAGCGUGGCGUCCACCGUCAUCCUCGGGGCCAUCUCAUGGCAGCAACUCAACAUGCUCUACAUCAGCGCCUUCCUGCUGGUCUGCGUAGUGGAGUCUCUGGUCCACGGCCUCUUCCAUGAGCUGGGUAGCUACCUGGGAGGGACGGCGGUGGGCUACGCGGUGGUCAUUCCCACCAACUACUGCAGCCCAGACGGCCAGCCCACCCUGCUGCCCCCAGAGCAGGUGCAGUCCCUCAACCUGCGCUCCACCGGCAUGCUGAACCACGUGCAGCGCUUCUUCUCACACCACAUGAUCGAGACGUCGGGCUGCGACUACUCCACGGCCGGCAUGACGCUGGAGGGCCUGCGGACCAAGCUGCGCGCCUUCCUGGACACGGCCACGACCGACGGCCCGCGCCACGACACCUACGUGCUCUUCUACAGCGGACACACGCACCGCAGUGGAGACUGGGCAUUGGCCGGGGGCGAGACCCUGCGUCUGGAGGACGUGGUGGGCUUCUGGCGGGAGAAGAACAUGGGCCACUGCUGCCGGCUGGUCCUGGUGCUGGACACGGACAACUCCCUGUGCUUAGCGUCAGAUGAGGAGGGCAGCCAGCGCAGGAGCAGCAACAACAACAACAAGAGCAGGACCGCUGCAGAGGAGAUAGAGUAUGAGCAGAGGCUAGCCUUCAACCAGUCCUCUACCAGCCAGCCACCAAAACACUACAGUAGUAAGGUGAACAAGGCUUAG